AUGAUCGGCGGUGCCGUGGCUGACUUUGGCACCGGCUCUACUGGACACGGCUGCGAUGGCCGUGGUGCAGUUACAACCUCUCACAGAUCUUUAAGAGGUCCGAAUUCUGGAAUUGAUGUUUCUCUGUCGACUACGAGUCCUGCUUCAUUCUGCAGUCAUUCUGAUUCAUCGUUUCUCGACAUGCGACAGCCAGCCCUGCCACUUGAUUCGGUUGCUAGACUUUUAACUACAACUUCCUCCUCAUCAUUCGCUUGCUCUUCUCUUUCUGGGUGCCGUAAUUCCUCUUCUUCAAAGGACACACUCGUUAUUACUACAACCGCUUCAUCGACAAGCUUUGCUGCACGAUGCCCCCUGACUACUGGACAUUAUACCUUGCCGUCUCCUGCCUUCUUUGAUGCAGUCGUCCCUCUUCUAGAGUCUGGUAAGCCAGACGACUUGAUUUUGCAACCAAUCUCUUCAAUAAUAUCUACUGUGACAUCUUCGUCACCCGCCUCGUUGCUUGCGGAUCAACUUUCAGCCUCACCUGGAUCUUCCAAUCUAGCCUCCAUUGGGCACCCAAAUUCUAUGCAUUCUGGUAUCUCGACUGCCAAUGGCCAAAGUGGAGUCGAGAUUGUUCCUUCUGGUGACGAUAUUCCGACAUAUCCCUCUUGA